UCAACUCCGCCGGCUGCGCGCUCCAGUCGCUGCUCCGCGCUUCUGCGGGGGCUUCCCGGGCGCCUUCGAAGAUGGCGACCCGCCUGCUGCCCUGCGUCGUGGACGGCGGCACCGGGUAUACAAAGCUUGGCUAUGCGGGGAAUACAGAACCACAAUUCAUUAUCCCAUCAUGCAUUGCAAUAAGAGAAUCGGCAAAAGUUGGUGAUCAAGCACAGCGGAGGGUGACUCAGGGAGUGGAUGAUCUAGACUUUUUCAUUGGAGAUGAAGCUGUAGAUAAACCUACCUAUGCUACGAAGUGGCCUAUUCGGCAUGGUAUUGUGGAAGACUGGGAUCUUAUGGAAAAAUUCAUGGAGCAGGUUAUUUUUAAAUAUCUUCGAGCUGAACCAGAGGAUCACUACUUCUUAAUGACCGAGCCACCCUUGAACACACCAGAAAACCGAGAAUACCUUGCUGAAAUCAUGUUUGAAUCUUUUAAUAUACCAGGACUUUACAUUGCUGUGCAGGCGGUGUUAGCAUUAGCUGCGUCUUGGACUUCACGGCAGGUUGGAGAGCGGACCUUAACAGGGACCGUCAUUGACAGCGGGGAUGGUGUGACUCAUGUGAUUCCAUUGGCAGAAGGCUAUGUGAUUGGCAGUUGCAUCAAGCAUAUCCCUGUUGCGGGUCGAGAUAUCACGUAUUUCAUUCAGCAGCUGUUAAGGGAGAGGGAGGUGGGAAUCCCACCCGAACAAUCACUGGAAACUGCCAAGGCCAUAAAGGAAAAGUAUUGUUACAUUUGCCCUGACAUAGUAAAAGAAUUCUCCAAGUAUGAUUUGGAUCCACAUAAGUGGAUCAAGCAAUACACAGGCAUCAAUGCAAUCAACAGAAAUAAAUUUGUUAUAGAUGUGGGCUAUGAACGAUUCCUUGGUCCAGAAAUCUUCUUUCAUCCAGAGUUUGCCAAUGCAGACUUUAUGGAUUCCAUUUCUGAUGUCGUUGAUGAAGUUAUACAGAACUGUCCUAUUGAUGUCCGACGUCCCUUAUAUAAGAACGUGGUUCUUUCAGGAGGGUCCACUAUGUUCAGGGAUUUUGGACGCCGGCUGCAAAGAGACUUGAAGAGAGUCGUGGAUGCUCGACUGAAAGCCAGUGAAGAGCUCAGCGGCGGUCGGAUAAAGCCCCGACCUGUGGAAGUGCAAGUGGUAAGUCACCACAUGCAGCGCUAUGCCGUCUGGUUUGGAGGAUCCAUGCUUGCGUCCACGAGUUCUUCGAAGUUUGUCACACAAAGAAAGAUUAUGAAGAAUACGGUCCCAGUAUUUGCCGUCAUAACCCUGUCUUUGGAGUUAUGUCCUAGCACCUGUUCUGCGUGGAACCGUCUGCAGUACUGUCUCUUGUGGGAGAAGAGAGCGCUUGGUUGGAUACGCUGAGCCGCGGUGUGUUUUCCCCCUUGCCUUGGCAGGAGAGUAAGUCUGUCCCACGGUGUGUGUUGGAAUCACACUUCACAACUUAACAGACAACUUGGAACCGUUAUGGCAAAAAGUUACCUCUGUGCCAACUCUGAGACUGUCCUUUCCUCAACGGAAGUGUAUAGCUAAUGGGCAGUCCUUCUGUCUGGGAGACUGAAAAAGGAGUCGUGGGGGGUAAGUGGAGGCCAGGAACACAAGCCAAACCUGAGUUCACUGUCAUGUUCCUUCAGGAACAGGGAAGGAGUACGUAGUGAUUUUUCUCCACUGGUAUCAACCAUGCAACUUACUUCGCAAGGAUCAGAUUCUGUGCUAUUAAAUCAUCACCUCGGGCUUCGAUGAGCCUAACCACCUUCCCGAAACAUAUUCGAUUGUAAAAUGGGGGCCUUAGUUGGUAGAAAACUAUAACGCUCUAACCAUGCAAUACAAAUGUUUUAUUUCAGAGAAUUUUGUAUUUUAUGAAUAUUAUAUUGCAACGGGUCUUCUGGGCUGAGCACAAAAACAGCUGGUGAUGUUGCGGGAGUUGAUGGCAAUGAUGCAAGCUUCCAGUUGUGCUGACCUCCUUUUGAGUGAAUGUGUGCUUUUUUUUUUUUAAGGUACUACUUGAUUUGAGUGAAAUGUCUUUUUUAAGCCUCUGAAAGUAUCAUGAGAUUUAUUGCUGCUAUUUAUUUAAUAUUUGUGUGUAAUUUUGUUUUAAUGGGGGCUGGUUGAGUGACGGAUGAAAAGCUGUCAGCCUCUAGCAAAAUAAACAUGUUUACAUGUAUAGCUAUGCUGGCGGUGAAUUGGUUUUUUUAAAAAAUAAAACCCAACAGCUGGAAAAUUCAACACUUGCUUAGGAAUAAGCAGGGCUUUUUCUCAGCUGGAACACGGUGGAACGGAG